AUGCGCGGUGGAAGUUCAGAAAGGCUGGUCGUGCGAGCCUCUAGGCGUAGGGGCGAUACGCGUGCUAAACUUACGAGAUAUAUAACGAUAUCUUUGGCAGCUGUUCUCGGCGGUGGCAGCUCAGCCCUUCUUUUUCUGGUGCCACUUUACGCGGAUCCUGCCUUAAGUGCCCUAGCUGCGGAUUUCGAUCCGGUACCGGCAGAGUGCGUCACUGAACGAAGAGAUGACAGACUUGGCCUGGAUAAUUGCACCUGGGCAUCUUGUCGGGAAGGGUGCACCAGCGAUGCCUAUAAAUGCAUCCAGUUACAUGUAAAAUAUAAAGCGUAUGUUGAGGAUUGGCGCCCCGCAGUUCUAUAUGUCAAUAUCAAAGGUUGCGGAUACCCACCAGCCGUGAAUUGCGAAAAUUUCACGAUGAACUACGGAUAUGUGGGUGCAAGAUACCCAUGCUUUUGGUCUCGGGCGGAUACAACAGUAGUAGUGCCAACAUGGUCGAGGGGAGAGCAGGUUGCGACGGUAACACGUACGCUGGCAUUACCUUUGUUUCUUUCUGGAUGUGCUGGUAUUGGUUUGUGCGCAUUGCAUUGUGAAUGUAGACCACGGCGACGCCGACGGCCGCCUAGACGUCCCCCGCGCCUGCCUACUUUAUCAAUAGAUGAUACAACAGUUUAUAGGCUUGCUUAA